GGACGGACCUAUUUCUACCGACACCUAGCGGAAGUAGCCGAGGGGCGGGGCAGAGGUGGCAGGAAUGGCAGCCCCGGAGUUGUUGCUGCCUGCCGGCGCCUCGGACAUGGAGGAGGACGAAAGCACCCUGGGGAGCGGCCCGGGGCUCCCAGAGCCACUGCAGCUGGGAGAGCUGGAUAUCACAUCUGAUGAAUUCAUCCUAGAUGAAGUAGAUGUUCACAUUCAGGCAAAUCUUGAAGAUGAUUUGGUAAAGGAGGCUCUUAAAACGGGUGUGGAUCUCCGUCAUUAUUCAAAGCAGGUGGAACUGGAGCUACAGCAGAUAGAACAGAAAUCCAUUCGAGACUACAUCCAGGAAAGUGAGAAUAUUGCAUCACUUCACAACCAGAUCACUGCCUGUGAUGCUGUCCUCGAGCGCAUGGAACAGAUGCUGGGUGCUUUCCAGAGUGAUCUCAGCUCUAUUAGCUCUGAGAUUCGGACACUACAGGAACAAUCUGGAGCCAUGAAUGUUCGACUCCGGAACCGCCAGGCUGUGCGUGGGAGACUUGGGGAGCUUGUGGAUGGUUUGGUUGUACCUUCUGCUCUGGUUACGGCAAUCCUAGAAGCACCAGUGACAGAUCCUCGGUUCCUGGAACAGUUACAAGAGCUUGAUGCUAAGGCAGCUGCUGUCAGAGAACAGGAGGCUCGUGGGACAGCAGCCUGUGCAGAUGUCAGGGGUGUACUGGAUCGGCUUAGGGUCAAGGCUGUGGCUAAGAUUCGAGAGUUUGUCCUACAGAAGAUCUAUUCAUUUAGAAAACCGAUGACUAACUAUCAGAUCCCACAGACUGCCUUGCUCAAAUACAGGUUUUUCUAUCAGUUUUUGCUGGGAAAUGAACGAGCAACUGCAAGAGAGAUAAGGGAUGAAUAUGUGGAGACGCUGGGCAAGGUUUAUCUGUCAUACUCGCGCUCCUACCUGGGAAGGCUCAUGAAGGUUCAGUAUGAGGAGGUGGCUGAGAAAGAUGAUCUGAUGGGUGUGGAAGAUACAGCGAAGAAAGGAUUUUUUUCAAAGCCAUCUCUCCGAAGUAGAAAUACAAUCUUCACUUUGGGGACCCGUGGCUCUGUCAUCUCUCCUACUGAGCUUGAAGCUCCCAUCCUUGUGCCUCAUACAGCUCAACGUGGGGAGCAGAGGUAUCCCUUUGAGGCACUCUUUCGGAGCCAACACUAUGCCCUCCUAGACAAUUCCUGCCGUGAGUUUCUCUUCAUCUGUGAUUUCUUCGCUGUUUCUGGCCCUGCAGCCCACGAUCUUUUCCAUGCUGUGAUGGGGCGUACUCUCAGCAUGACUCUGAAACAUCUGGAAUCAUAUUUGGCUGAUUGCUAUGAUGCCAUUGCUGUUUUUCUCUGUAUCCACAUUGUCCUCCGAUUCCGAAACAUUGCAGCCAAGAGGGAUGUCCCUGCACUGGACAGGUACUGGGAACAGGUCCUGGCUCUGCUGUGGCCUCGGUUCGAGCUGAUUCUGGAAAUGAAUGUACAGAGUGUCCGAAGCACUGAUCCCCAACGACUCGGAGGGCUGGACACACGACCCCACUAUAUCACACGUCGUUAUGCAGAGUUUUCUUCAGCUCUUGUCAGCAUCAACCAGACUAUUCCCAAUGAGCGGACAAUGCAGCUACUGGGACAGUUGCAGGUGGAGGUGGAGAAUUUUGUGCUCCGAGUGGCAGCAGAGUUUUCCUCACGGAAAGAGCAGCUUGUAUUUUUGAUCAACAACUAUGACAUGAUGCUAGGCGUGCUCAUGGAACGUGCAGCAGAUGACAGCAAAGAAGUUGAGAGUUUCCAGCAGCUGCUUAAUGCGAGAACUCAGGAAUUCAUUGAAGAGCUUCUGUCCCCACCCUUUGGAGGUUUGGUGGCAUUUGUGAAGGAGGCUGAAGGUCUGAUUGAGAGGGGGCAGGCAGAGCGUCUUCGAGGGGAAGAAGGUGAGGAAGCCCGGGUGACUCAGCUGAUCAGGGGCUUUGGCAGCUCUUGGAAAUCUUCUGUUGAAUCACUAAGUCAGGAUGUCAUGAGGAGCUUCACUAACUUCCGAAAUGGGACCAGCAUCAUCCAGAAAAGGAUUCCUGAAGAAAGUGGCAUUUCAGCAAGAACUUGGAGGAAUUUAGGAUGCUGAUAUAAGAAGGAAGAGCAUUCAAGGAAUGGGGAACAGUCACUGAAAAUGCCUGGAAUAGGGAGAUGGACUGUCUUGGUUGAAGAACAGCAAGAAGGCCAGUACCACUGAAUGGAAGAGUAAGGGACAGAGGGAUAUAAGGUGUGGGAAGCUUGGGGAUUGUCAAGGUGCCCUCUUCAUUCUCUUCUGAUGUUGUUUUCUACUAUAUGCUGGGAUAGCUCUUUUAUUGCAGGACUGAGACCUAUAAACUCACUCAACUAACAAAAAAAAAGACAGUAGGCCAAAAUCAGGCUGACUUUUUUUUAUUGUUCUUUCAGGGUCCUUGGUUCCAGACAACUGUCUAACUUUAGGAAAGAAAACUCUAGUUAAAUCCCUGAUUGUGAGUCUGCAUCCCCUAAAUCCCCCAAACUGACAGGGAUGAAGAAGUUCAUAUUGUUUCCUAUGUCCCAUGCAAAUAAAAAUAAAAACUAAGUGAAGUAAGUAAGGCCAUCA